AUGUUUCAUACCCCUCCGACAAAAGACAGCUGGCAAACAGACACAUCAGUCAAGUUCUCCUAUGAUGCUGAACAACCGGAUGUCCUAGAAAACACCCAGCAAACAGCUCUCAGCUCUCAGUCGCAAUCAGAUAAGUCGCCGGCCAUUGGAUCGGAAAGACGUGACAGCAAUGAAAAAAUCCUGAAUUCAGUCCAAACGAUAAGCAAAGACGAACUUCCGGCUUCUCUUCUAAAGCACUUACAGGACUUCAUAAAAUCUCUCAGAGAGCCUCGAUACGCAAAGCCUCUAGCUACGUUCGAGAUCGCUGAGCUGUUCCAAAGAUUUUAUACAGAUUUUAGCAUCAGAACAAAUGACCUCACGCAUAGUGACAAAAGAGUGGAGUUGAAGGAGCUUGAUAGACCAUUAAAUAACCCUUCUUACAAGUACAACCUCAUUGUUGAGCGCUUACUUUGUGAGAAGUUUUACUCAUCUGUCAUGUUUCCUAAGAAGGGCGUCCCGAUAGAUGAAUUUGAGAAAAAACUCAACUACGAUUUUGGAAUCAAGCUUGCAUACCUCAACAGUUUGGACAUCAAGUUUGAAAAUUUAGAUAUCCAUUUGGAUAUUGAUGAAGAGUCAUUCGUGGACAAUUUGCAUGAUCGCAUACUCCCCCAGUUCGAGAUAUUCACAGCGGAGCGCUCUCCUACGCUGAAAUUGAAGCAUUUGUCCCAGAUACAUGCAGAAAUUGACAAGCUGAUCAGAGAACUUAGCAAAAGCACCGUAUCCGAACUAAAUACGGACAUUUAUCUUCCAAUCCUCAUUUACAUUCUGAUCAAACUUGAAGAUCUGCGGACGCAUGCACUCAUUUCCCAAUUUGAAUUCAUUAAGCGAUUUCGGAACGAUUAUAUCUAUGACGGUAUUGACGAUGAAAAGGGCCAGUUGUUGUAUGUCUUCACCAAUUUUGAGGCAAGCCUUUCUUAUCUUGCUAGUGUGACUUUGGACAAUCUUAACAUAAGCUUGGACGAGAGUAUUUCGAAGGUUCCUGAAGAAACUCGUGAACUGUUUAUUAAAUUCUUGACAAAGCCGUUGGUUUUAGAAUCAAUUGAGGAGGAAAUCAAAAAAAUACGACCUCUUCCGACACCUUCUCGUCAACCUUCUUCCCUCUUGGACUCAUCUCGGUUUUCCUUGCUGGCACCAUCUGAAUUUUUGCCCUUAUAUCAUGCUGAUCAAGGCAUCCGAAACAUAAGUAAUGCUGUGGACUCCAGUAUCAAAAGCAUUAUAGGGAGGGUUUCGUGGCUGAAUUCUAUUGGAGCUACAGACAACCAUGACCCUAUUUUGGAGUCCACAAGACAGCAGAUGGAGGAAAAUUUAGCCAUACAAUCCACUGUCUCACUUCCAAAAGUUGAGGAAUCCAAGAUCACUCCGACUUCGUCGAUCUCCACCAGCGAUUCUCGUCAUCAUGUACAUACUGGCUCCGACGUAUCGUUACAACUCUCGUCACAUUUGGAUCAAUCCGAAACGGGAGAAGAUAUGGGAGCAUCCACGAUUACUUCGUCAACAUUGGUUCGUACAAGGUCGCAAACAGACUCCAUUGUUUCAUCGCCUAAUGCUCAGGAUAAAUUUAUCAACAAAUUUACCAGCAGCAUGAGUGGAGUCAUGAAGAACUUCCGCCCUGUGAGCGCAUCGUCGUCUAGCUCCUCUCUCAAUGUACACCUGGAACCCAAUGCUUCAAGUAAUGGAGCCUCUCAGAAUACCAUCAGCCCCUUCAAUACAGGAAGCAACAGUCAAUCAGGAGAUAAGAAUAAGCCUUCACUCAACAAGAUGCGCAGCCGUACUACUAGUUUGAUAAAUACGGGUCUAUUUAAUCAGGAGUAUUCAAAAAUGGGGAAGGCAGGGCUUCUAAACUCCAUUGAGAACGCGUUUGAAAAUGUUAAGAAUAGAAGCCGAGGAAGUUCUUUGAGUGAUCAUCUUCAAAACCGUUCUGAAGAUCAUCAAAAGCUUGCCAGCAUUGAUAUUUCAAAACUAGAUCGCUUUGGCAAUAAGCCAUUCGAACAGCUCUCUGUGUCUGAGCUAUCGCAGAUGUAUCAAAACUACCAGUAUAUUUUAAGCAUGUUAAAUAAGUUAGAUAACUAA